AUGACUCCUUCUCUCUCCGUCGCCCUGCACGGAGGCGGUCGCGUGCUCAGCAUUCAGUCGCAUACUGUUCAGGGCUAUGUGGGCAACAAGGCGGCCGUGUUCCCCCUGCAGCUGCUGGGCUUUGAUGUGGACCCCCUCAACUCCGUGCAGCUCUCCAACCACACUGGGUACCCCACGUGGAAGGGGCAGAUACUGGACGGGGAGCAGCUGUGGGCGCUGAUAGAGGGGCUGGAGGCCAAUGGGCUGCUCUUCUACACGCACCUGCUCACUGGCUACAUCGGAUCGCUCUCCUUCCUGGAAAGUGUCCUGAGGGUUGUGGAGAAGCUCAGAUCAGUCAACCCCAACUUAAUAUAUGUGUGCGAUCCAGUGAUGGGGGAUGACGGCCGUCUCUACAUUCGCCCCGAGCUCGUCCCCAUCUACCGCCACCAGGUGGUGCCAGUGGCGACGCUCAUCACUCCCAACCAAUUCGAAGCAGAGCAGCUCACAGGCCUCAGCAUCCGGACUCAAGCAGACGCCAUUACUGCAUGCGACAUGCUGCAUGCUGCAGGGCCCAGGAAGGUGGUGAUCACGAGCAUGGAGGUGGAGGGGCGGUUGCUGGUGGUGGGGAGUGACGCCAGCAGCCCUGCUGCAGAGGAGGAGGGAUCCGGGCCAUCUGGAUCAUCUGGACCAUCUGGAGCAUCUGAAUCACAUUCCUUGCGGCGCUUCUGCAUAGCAGUGCCAAAGAUACCCGAGUACUUCACUGGAACAGGAGAUUUGAUGACAGCCUUGCUGCUUGGAUGGUCACAUAAGUAUCCCCACGACUUGGCUAGAGCAGCAGAGCUAGCAGUGGCAUCCCUACAGGCUGUGCUCGCACGCACCCUGCAGCAGCACUCUGUAGCUCGAGACAGCACCGACUCCUCUCUUACUCCCCCCACUCCCAAGCGCCUUGAGCUCUGCCUCGUUCAGAGCCGUGGUGACAUUAUGAACCCGCCUGUGGUGUUACGCGCACAAGCGGUCGAAUGCGGUUUAGUUGGGUUAGAUGGACUCCAGGAUGGUGUGGCUUGCUUGGUGAGUGGUGAUAAUUUAGAGGUUCUGCAGGAUGAGGGAGUUGAUGCUCAGCUGAGAACUGAGAGCUGA